AUAAUCCUAUUUUACAGUAAUCGUUUCUGGUGACUUUUUCUGAGGAUAAAGUAGCGGCGGAAGUUGAACCCCAAAAAGAGUUCAAAAUUAGGGUUUAAAGAGAUAGGAGUCGAACUAUCAGGACUAGAGCUUUGCAGUGAUACCCAUUGGGAGGAGGCUCUGAGUUCUGCAUUCGCCAUCGAGGUUCAAUUUCCAAAGCAGGACUCUGGGGGUUUUGAUCGAAGAGAUAAGUGUAAGGGUGGCGAUAACAAGUUGAACUGAGCUACUUUCGAAAUAUUAACAGAAACCAUUUUGGUCCAUCUCUGUUUAUCAAUAAUUAAGCUUCUGAAGUUGUUUGUUUUACACCAGAAACAUCCAAUAGGAAAUUCAGUAGUUCUUUGCAAUGAAUUCUGUUUUCUCAUCUCACUCUCUUUUCGUUUCCUUGCCUAGAUGUCAGUUCCUGCCUUGUAUUCAAACACAACCUCAACAUGUGGUCAUAAACCGUGUUUAUCGCCGGAAUCAUUGUGUCCCACAUCUUUCUCUUUCAUUUCCUUUUAUUGCACAUCAGUCUUUGCAUACUCGCCAAACACCUUUUGGUGCCACGGCUCCAUCAAAUGAAGGCGUAGUGUCUGUAAUCAACUUUGACGAUUUUGCUGAGAAAGACUGGUCCUUUCUUGAUUCAGGUGAUUUCAGUUCCAACCAAGAUUAUAACCUUAAGAUUGAUCGCAUUAUAUCCGCAGGAGAGAUUGAAGAAGCUUCAAGGGUUAUGGUUUCAAUUGGUUCUGAAGGAUUUGUGGAUCGGUUGGUUGAAUCAUCACCCUGCAGUCUCCUGCUUGUUGUCCAUGAUUCACUUUUUGUUUUAGCUGGCAUUAAAGAAAAAUAUGACAAGGUUAAGUGUUGGCAAGGAGAAUUGAUAUAUGUACCUGAUAAGUGGGCGCCCUUAGAUGUUGUGUUCCUUUAUUGCCUUCCAGCCGUGCCCUUGAAGCUUGACGAAGUGUUUAAAACACUUGCAAGGUGUUUUACACAAGGUGCGAGACUUGUUAUUAGCCAUCCCCAAGGAAGAGAAGUUUUGGAGCAGCAACGACGACAGUAUCCAGAUGUUGUAACUUCUGACUUGCCUGAGAAGAGUACUUUAGAGGAAGCGGCAACCGAACAUUCUUUCGAAUUAACCGAAUAUGUUGAUGAACCUUGUUUUUAUCUUGCUGUAUUAAAGUUUGUUGGGGCAAGAAACUGAUGGUUGAUUUAAACUUUGACAAUUUCAUGUGCAAGAAACAGUGGAUUCAAUUGAAAAUUUAUAGAUUCACACAUCGUUUUAUUUUUGAA